AUGUUGGAUGAUGUUUUGUCCCAGGACUCUGGCGAGUGCUCCAUAUGUCUGGAGGAUAUGGUUGAGGGAGACAACAUCGCUCAUCUGUCCUGUCUCUGUGUUUACCACAAAGGUCCAUUCCAGAGUCAGAAAUCAAGCACACCAGAGCCCAGCUGGUUCUCCAUGAAGAUUGACCAUUCAGUGCCAGAGCCUGUCAAAUUAGAUGGAGGAUACACAUCAACUUAUUUGAGUCUGAACUCUCAACUGUCUAGAAAAAGUACAUUCAAAUCAAGCCUGCUGAAGAAGUUUCGGUGUGUCUCUGAAGGAACAGGGAUACACGGAAACCCAACCCUCCUGAAGGAGAUCUACACAGAGCUCUACAUCACAGAGAGUGACAGUGGAGAGAUCAAUAAUGAACAUGAGCUGAGACAGAUUGAGACACAAUCCAGGAGAUCAGCAACAGAGGAGACGCCGAUCCAAUGCAGAGACAUCUUUAUUCCAUUACCUGGACAAGACAAAGCCAUCAGAACUGUGCUGACCAAGGGAGUCGCUGGCAUUGGGAAAACAGUCUCUGUGCAGAAGUUCAUUGUGGACUGGGCUGAAGAGAAAGAGAAUCAGGACAUCCAGUUCAUAUUUCCACUUCCUUUCAGAGAGAUCAACAGGAUGAAGGACAGAAAACUCAGUCUGUCAGAUCUCCUGCGUGUGUUUUUCCCUGAAACAAAAGAAAUAGAUAUAUUCAGAAGAAAUUAUAAAGUGUUGUUCAUCUUUGAUGGUCUGAAUGAGUGUCAAGUGUCUUUAGAUUUUCACAGCAAAGUGAAACAACAUAAUGUCUCAGAAUCUGCCUCAGUGGACGUGCUGCUGACGAACCUCAUUGCAGGGAAUCUGCUUCCCUCUGCUCUCAUCUGGAUCACCUCCAGACCAGCAGCAGCAGAUCUCAUUCCCUCUGAGUUUGUCCAUCGAGUGACAGAGGUACGAGGCUUCAAUGACCCUCAGAAGGAGGAAUACUUCAGGAAGAGAAUCAGUGAUCAGAGUCUGGCCGAUACAAUCAUCUCACACCUGAAGUCCUCCAGGAGCCUCCACAUCAUGUGCCACAUCCCAGUGUUCUGCUGGAUCUCAGCCACUGUUCUGGAGAAGAUCUUCAGUCAAGCAGAGAGAGGAGAGAUUCCCAAGACUCUCACUCAAAUGUACACACACUUCCUGAUCAUGCAGACCAACAUCAGACAUGAGAAGGACUAUGAGGAGAAGGUCAAAGAUGAGGACAUGAUCCUCAAACUGGGGAAAGUGGCUUUUGAGCAGCUUGAGAAAGGCAACCUGAUCUUCUAUGAGGAAGACCUGAGAGAGUGUGGCCUUGAUGUGACAGAAGCAUCAGUUUACUCAGGAUUGUGCACUCAGAUCUUCAGAGAGGAGUUUGGCUUGUUUCAGGGGAAAGUUUUCUGCUUUGUUCAUCUGAGCAUCCAGGAACAUCUAGCAGCUCUAUAUGCUCAUCACUCCUUAAUAAACAAGGACAGAAAUGUGUUUAACCAAACUAAAAACCUGUGGUUCACACUUUUAAGAAAGAAACAUCAAUUACGAAAGCUACAUCAGAGAGCUGUGAAUGAGGCUUUACAGAGUAAGAAUGGACAUCUGGAUCUUUUCCUGCGUUUUCUUCUGGGUCUCUCAUCGGAGUUCAAUCAGACUCUCUUGCGAGAGCUACUGACACAGACAGGAAGCUGCUCUUACAACAAAAGGAAAACAGUUAAGUUCAUCAAACAGAAGAUCAGGGAGAUUCGCUCUCCAGAGAGAUCCAUCAAUCUGUUCCACUGUCUGAAUGAACUGGGUGAUCAAUCACUGAUGAAGGAGAUCCAGGAUUAUCUGAGAUAUGGACAAAUAAGAACCACCAAACUCUCCUCUUCUCAGUGGUCAGCUCUAGUUUUUGUGUUGCUGACAUCAGAGCAGAAGAUGGAGGUUUUCAAUCUAAAUCAGUUUAUUGGUAACCAAAACACAGCAGAUGAAGCUCUUCAGAAGCUGCUGCCUGUAGUGAAAGAAUCCAGAUCAGCUCAGUAAGUCACACUGAUUAUAACCACUGUGGACUACACAAAAUAUGGUCACAAUCAUCAUGGUCAAAUGUGUUUAUCAAACGCAAACAUAAAACCAAGUGUCAUUGUUCUCAACAGGUUGAGAUAUUGUGGAGUCACAGAUGAAGGUUGUGCUGCUCUGGCUUCAGCUCUGAGAUCAAACUCUUCACUCCUGACUGAACUGAAUCUGACUGAAAAUAAAGUAGGGGAUUCAGGAGUGAAGCUGCUCUCUGAUGGACUGAAGGAUCCUCACUGUAAACUGGAGAUACUGAGGCUGUGUUAUUGUGGAGUCACAGAUGAAGGUUGUGCUGCUCUGGCUUCAGCUCUGAAAUCAAACUCUUCACUCCUGACUGAACUGGAUCUGACUGAAAAUAAUCUAGGAGAUUCAGGAGUGAAGCUGCUCUCUGAUGGACUGAAGGAUCCUCACUGUAAACUGGAGAAACUGAGGUUGAGAUAUUGUGGAGUCACAGAUGAAGGUUGUGCUGCUCUGGCUUCAGUUCUCAGAUUAAACUCUUCUCACCUGACUGAAUUGAAUCUAUCUGGAAAUAAUCUAGGAGAUUCAGGAGUGAAGCUGCUGUCUGAUGGACUGAAGGAUCCUCACUGUAAACUGGAGAAACUGAGGUUGAGGGAUUGUGCAUUCACAGAUGAAGGUUGUGUUGAUCUGGCUUCAGCUCUGAGAUCAAACCUGACUGAACUGGAUCUGACAUGGAAUAAUCUAGGAGACUCAGGAGUGAAGCUGCUCUCUGAUGGACUGAGGGAUCCUCACUGUAAACUGGAGAAACUGAGGUUAAGUUAUUGUGGAGUCAAAGAUGAAGGUUGUGUUGCUCUGGCUUCAGCUCUGAGAUCAAACCCUGAUCACCUGAGAAAACUGGACCUGACUCUGAAUGAUCUAGGACAUUCAGGAGUGAAGCUGCUCUAUGAACUAACGGCUGAUCCACGUUAUAAACUGGACACUCUUCUGCUUAGAUUUUACUGAGCUUCUCUGGAUCAGCUGAUGGUGAAUAAAGAGUCACUUCAGUCACAUUCAACAACAUUCAAUACACACACACACACACACACACACACACACACACACACAC